CAAGCAUGGAUCGGCGGCGAAUUUCAACUUGAACAUAUAGAACAAAAUCCCUAUUUUGUCAUCAUUUUCUGAUGAACGGAUGUCAUCGGGCAACGGUGAUGAGCCAUUGAGGCGGUCAAGAAGAGUACGCAAGCAGCCUGCACGAUAUGGAUCUACAGAUAGAGCUUGUCAGGAACUGAGUAAGAAAAACACAAGAUCUUCCUCUCCUGAUGAAAGCACCAUUAGCAACCUACUGAAUAAAGCUGGAGAAACAUGCCCCUUACCAGUGCCUGCUUCUGAAAAUACGGUACCUGUUUCGGAAAAUAGCAUAACAAUCAAUCAAUCCAAAGCACAAAUUUCCUGUGAAGAUGAUGUGACCGAAUCUUUGUCAGUGAAUAGCCAAACUGCUCCACAUGAUCAUGAGCCAACAAAUAGCGGUUCAAGUACAAAUAGUCAGAUUUUAGAAUCUGAUUUUUCAGAAAAUAAUCAAAUAGUGGACGCUAUUUUAGAUGAACCUGAAAUUGCUUCUUUUGAUUUGACUGGGCUAGAAUCUAUUUUCCAUAAUUAUUCAGCAGAUCAGGCCAGUUUAAGUUCAACCACAGAUCCUGAUGCUCUGAGUGAGACUGUCAUUGAAUCUGUUGCCUCUUCCGUAGAAAGCACAGUAGUUGAAACAAAUAUAGCCAAUUCUCCAUUGAUAAACUCACAAACAGUUGUCUCUUCAACAGAUAGUCCUAAUACCAAUAGUCCAAAGGCAUCUACAGAAAAUUCCUUCAAUGCUAAUGAAACCGAAAUUGUAACCAAAGAUAAACCAGGAACUCCAACUGUGACACAUGAUAUUCCGAAGACACAAACUGUGACCCAAAAAACACCUUCACAUACCAGUGCAGAGACUGCAAUUCAAGAUCCAUCAAGGAAAGAAUUUGUGACCCAAGCUAAACCUGUUACACAAGGUAUACCAUUUGUAGCUAGCGCAAGAGUGAUUCCAAAAGGUAAAACUGUCACUUUUGCAGCUGUGAUAUCGUCAUCUUCCAACAAUCCUGUUGUCACACCGAUAUUGUCUGACUCCAGUGCUAGGUUGCAGACAGACAAACAUAGUCAGCAGAGUAAAGACCUGCUUCUUGGUAACAAAGAGGCACCUGAGAAAAUGCAGACGCCUCAGCAUGGUGAAGAAUGUGUUGAGAAAGAAAAGGAUGAUUUCUGGUCAAGCAAACUAAUAUUUAACUGCUGUGAAAAGCACGGGACAGCUGUGUCAGUGAAGGAGUCUGUACUGGAUAAACCCCAGAUUUCCAAUAUGCCAUUCUUCGAUAGGCUUCAGGAAAUCAUGCCUUGUACCCGUUUUAUAUUAUCUAACGUGAGGAAGUCAAUGUUCCUGACUUUCAAAGUGCCAUUGUGGUCUGAUGUUACUCAAAAGUGGCCAGGUGUUAAAAUGGAGGAUGUGAAAGUGUUCCUAAGGUUAAUGAAGGCGGAAAAUGGAAUGCAGGAUGACUUUAUCCCCGCGGUAAUGGUCAAGCUGAACCAAAGGGUGGUAAAGAUCAUGUGCUCGAUGGACCUAACAAAGAAGUAUAUGAUGGAACACAAACCGAUUGACAUUACAAGUUUUGUGGACAUGUCUGUGCCUGGAUGUCAGAUGAAUUAUAUCACUGUCGAAAACCACAACUCUCUGCCAAGUUUGCAAGGAUGUUUGACUGUGUGGUUAGUGAGAAAGCAGACGAUUGAAGAGAUGAUCGAAGACAUCAAAGUGAGUCAAGUCAGUCAUCCUGAACAUACUCAUGAUAUGGUGAGAAAGCAUUUCGAGGGAGGAGAUCCUGAUAUUGCAACCACCAGCCUUAAAGCCCUUCUUACCUGCCCAAUUGGGAAGACAAGGCUGACAGUUCCGUGCAGAGGGCGGACAUGUGUGCAUGUACAGUGCCUAGAUGCUACCACCAUGCUCUCCAUGAAUGCAAAGAAGCAGAGAUGGAGGUGCCCUCUUUGCUCCUCUGAAACCGCCUACAAGGAUAUCAUCAUUGACGGGUUGUUUAUGGAUAUCUUAGAGGAGGUAAACAAGUUGGUGGAGGAAGUUGAGUUUCUGGCUGAUGGAAUGUGGACCUCAAAGAAACGUAACGACUCAUGCAUCAGCAUUAACGAUGACACUCUGAAUGAGACAAUGGAAAAGCUGGACAUCAUUGACCUUACAGAGACAGACGAUGAGGCCACUCCCAAGAAGAAGUUGCCUCUUGCUGUUAACAACCAGCUCUUGAAUGGAGUCAACAACAAUUGGCCAAUACCUGCCAAAGGCCCAGUCUGUAAUUUAUCUAGGUCAACAAACAUAGUUUCAACCACUGACAAGGAGAAUAAUCUGGACUCAGUCUUCACAGUAAACAGUGGCGAGAAUAGAAGUAGAUGCACUAGUAAUACCAGUUGCUGUAAUGAACAAGACAGGAGCAACAGCAACACAAAUCAACACCAUAGAAACAACUACAAUGCUAGACAGCGCCAAAGAAACAACAGCAACAACAGUAACCAUAGUAACAAUGGUAAUAGCUCGAGGUGGGUUGCAAUUCAUCCAAGACCUGCCCUUCAUGCUUCCAAACACCCUUAUAGGCGUAAUAAUAGCAGCAGCAACAACAACAGAAAUUUUAACAGGACUAAUGGUGGGUAUCAGAAUACCAUCAGAAACUAUUUCGGGAAUAGUACAAGGAAUUGUAGCGCAGAUUAUUGCUAUGACAACUAUUAUCAAAACCAAAAUAACUGUUACCAGCAGGGGUAUGGUAACUCUGAUGGUUAUCGAUACGAUGAAUACAGGGACUCCCAAUACUGGCCAACCACUGCGCCUCAGACUGGGUUCAACAUGCAUAUUCAAGGAAUAAGGCUUACUUGAUGAGAUUGUAAAUAUUUUGGUUUUAAUAUUAAAACUGUUAUUAUGCCCUCUUUAAAAGAAGGGUAAUAUAGGUUUGCAAAUGUAGGUAUGUCUGUCAGUUUGCGGGUGGACCAAAUCAUGUCUGCAGAACUUCAUUGUGUUAGAGAAUAUCUAAGUAGGUCAAUUGUCAAGUUCCCUGCAAAACUUUUUUUUCUUAGAAAAUAGUUAAGUAGGUCAAAGGUCAAGUUCCUGAAGAACUUCAACAUAUUUAAGUAGGUCAAAGAUCAAGUUCCUGCAGAACUUCAUUGUUUCAGAGACUAGUCAAGUAGGUCAAAGGUCAAGUUCAUGGAUAACUGUUGGGAAACUUUGUCCGCACAAUAAUUUGAGAAGUGUUUGACAUUGUACUAUAAAAUUUCACUUCUAGGUUGCACUUGACCAGUAGGUGACCCCUAUUGUUUAUGGAGUCAGUCAGUCAAAAGUCAAGGUCAUGGUAUUAUUCUUUAUAAUAAUCUUUCGCACCUUGAAUCAAAUUACUUGAUGUCAUUGUUUUAGAAAAUAAUUAAGUAGGCCAAAGGUCAUUUUCCUGCAGAUCUUCAGUGUUCAGAGUAUAGUUUAGUAGGUCAAACGUCAAAUUCAUGUGUUAGGAAAACCUUGCACAAUAACUUAUAGUUAACUUAUAGAUGGCCAUCAUGGUGAUUUCGUUUCUUAAUGCAAUCUGGUACAUGUAAUUCACAAAGGGGGCUCUAUGGGAGCAUAUAUUUUUUUUACAACGGUUUCUUGUAUUUUUGUGUAUAUUGCACAAGGUUUUGUUCAGGGUGUACGGCGUCAUGCUUUGAGAUGUUGUCACACUGGUAUGUCAAAUCUCAAGAGAUUCAUCACAUGAACAAAAAAAUAAGUAAGUUUUGGACUGAAAUGUUGUGUUAGUUUAGGAUUUGCAGGAUUGGUCAAUUCAAUAGCAAAUAGAUCUACUGUUGUUUUGUGAACUGGCAGAUAUGGUCACAUUUGAACAUCUGCUUGCUCACAUUUUAUGUCACAUUUUGUCACAUCUCUUGUAUUCUGCAUUUUAAUAUUGUAUUAGCACAGGCAAGCUAGUUGCUACAUGUGCGUUUUGUGUUUUGGCUAUCAAUUAUUAAAUAAUGUAGCCUGAGUUGCUUACUGCACUAAGUAGAUAAAUGUAAUUACAGUAGUAAUUUGUUCAUUUUGAGUUUAUUGUACAAAUAGUAUAAAUUAUGUAUUUUUGUAGUCACUACUGACUAGAAAGACUCUUUUUAUGUCAUUCUGCGGUGACUGGGAAACCCAUGUGAUUUCGCAGUCUUCAUGCGAAGCAAAAUGUUGCCUUUUGAAACAGCAUUUAUGAAACAAUUUAUAACAUGGUAUACACACACUGUACUUUGAGUAAAAGUUUACAUCUAUAGGCUGCUAUAUAUAUUUGUCUCAUAAUAUGAUAGUCAUUUGAUAACAAUUGUUUAAACUGUGUAAACCAGUCAUAUAUCAUAAUCAGUGUUGAUGAAUAUGUUUUGAUUUUGACCAAUUGUUUUUCUUUAGGCUCAAAUAUUAAAACAGCGUUAAAUAAAAGUAAAAUAAUAAAAACAUUAAUGAUUUAACGAAGCAGCCACAGAAAAUUCUACAAAAGUAUGUUUUCUGCUCAGAAUGCUGUUCAAAGUGAAUAGUUUUGAUGGAAAAAUGGAUAUGUUUACUUUUGGAAUAGUAUUAUACAUUUAAACACAUUGAUUAGACAUUUUCAAAUCAUAUUAAGAUUUUGUAAAACAGCAAAUAUACAUCACCCAAAUAAUUUUCCUCAUUAUCUGACAUUGAUGUUUGUAACAAAAGCGUGCUCAGUGUCAUUCUUUAACAAGCGCUCAUUGUGCUUUUUUAUCACCUCAAGCCAAUGCCAGAGUGCUAUUGCAUUAUGGUGUAUAAAAGCUAUGAGAUGAUAAGAAUUCAAAAUAAGAAUUGAUAAAUGGACCUGUGAAAUACCAAAUUGAGACCGUAAAUUUUACUUCAAAAUAGUGAUUUCGGAUAAUUGAUAAAAAAAAAUCAGUUAAACAAAGAAGGAAUAAAAUCGAGACCAAAUUUUUUUUUCGAUAUAGCGAUCAUUUUGGAUAAACGGUGUUCAGAAUAGCAGUAUUUAAAUGUAUUGUUUAACUUUGUAGGGAACAUAUAUUUGAGAAACUUGUUGCCUUUUUUCAAAAUCAAUCUUUUAAAUUCACUUGUCCAUUGAAUCUUGGCACAAUUCCCAUAUUUUUUUGUUAUGAUGGGAUCAUAUUUUUUAUCAUGAAAUAUUCUCGGCCAGUCCCUGGUCAUAUAUUGUAUCUCAUUUGUGCUAAUGGUGCAUCAGGGUUCUCAUUUAAAUCUAUCAAGAAUAAGACCGAUUCCAUCCCCCUGUUAAAUAUAAAAUCUUCAAAACCUGUGAAACACCAAGAGAAUGGAUGAGUCCUGGGGCCGUGAUUAUGAACAGUCGCAAGUCAAAGUCUUGACUCAGACUCAGAAAAGCAUUUUGAUAAAGGAAGAAAAAAAUCAUAUUUAUUUCAUUUCUUUUACAAAAAAAUAGAUAAAUAUUAGCAAAAUAUUCAAAUAGCAAUAUGUUUCAGCAAAUUUUACCAUCAAUGCUCUGAUAAACGGAAAGUUACAAUGAAAUGAAGUUUUACAAUAAUGAGUCUGAACUCGGACUUGAGGCUGUUCGUAAUCACUGCCGCAGGUGUCAAGCCUGGGUUCAGACUCUCGUGUGCCUAUGUUUACAAACAUUCUCAGGUCUUGUUUUUUAUUUUAAAUUUCCUUCCUUGAAAGAAUUGAUUUGGAAAACUCUUUGCUAUAUUACUUCUGAAAUGUGUCACCAUUGUUUAUACAGAUUUUGUUUAAAAUAUGUACGCUAAAACAAUUUUAGAUUUUUUUUUCUGAGAGAAACAUGGGCCAAGGGGCUUCCAAAUAAGUACAAGUUAGAACCUGGUGCAGGAUUACAGUUGUAGAAUAAUUGUUCAAAAAUAAAUUGUGUUGUUAUAAAAACGUGUAUUGUAAUAUUUUUGUUUGAAUAUACCUGUAUUAUAUAUACUUCAUAACUUUCAUGCAAUACUGUUAUUUGUUUGUUAAAUUUGGGAUGGUAACCAUAACAUAUAAACUGGCCACUUUGCCGCUUUACAGAAAUAAAUUUUGUCAUAGAG